GUGUGUUUUUUUUCCAAAACUCCUGUCAUGCGUCUGUGCGUCUGUUUGCGGUGUGGUGCGUCAGCGGGAUCCUGUAACAGUAACUGUAACAGCGUCCGAGGCAGCGGCGGGAACCUGCGGGAACCUGCGGGAAGAGACCUCUCGGAGAUGGCCGCACCGGUCCCAUUUCUGGUGCUGUGUGUCUGCACGUUGGGCCUGAUCCCAGCGGAGGUGACAUCCGACACACUGAGCUCUCUGGAUUCGUCUUUCUGUCAUGGCGGACUAGAGGUGAUCUAUCCAGAGCUGGACAUUGACAAGUGCCUCAUAAUCCCGAAGAAACACAGAGAGAAUGUCAGCACAGUGUGGGGAGCCCCACAGGUCUACUUCUCUGGAGCAAAGAAGGGAAACGUCUAUGUUGUGGUGAUGGUUGAUCCUGACGCUCCCAGACGCACCAGACCGACAUCUGCUUCGUGGAGGCACUGGCUCGUUGUGGACGUGCAGGGCAGUUCUCUUAUCCGCGGGCAGGUUCAAGGAACGACUCUCACUGAUUACCACCCACCGACCCCCACACCGGCGUCUGGCUUCCACCGCUACCAGUUCGUCUUGUUCAAGCAGCCUCCAGAUGCUCGAGUGUCACUCGCCGAGCAGGAGAAGUCGUCCCGCGGUAAAUGGGACCUUCAGGCCUUCGUCGCUAAGUUCGGUCUGGGUGAGCCUGUGGCUACUCUGCAGUUCCUCACUCAAAACUACAAAGACUGAAUUUGCUCAGAUGCCCGGACACCGCUGUGAAGAAAGAAUGGGCCGUAAUAGAGAAUAACACGUUUCUUUGAAUUAAACAGCGUUAAUUCUUCAAAGCUUUCAGGUCAGCCCUCUUUGCCUCUAUUUUAUCUCUGGGUUAGAAGGAGAUUUCCUCCUUGUGUCGAAGCAGCUGCUAGGUUUUGAUGUUGCCCUGUAUCUGUGUCACGUGGUCUGGAGCGCAGGAUUUGGGAGAUAGAUUUUGACCGCGGUGGGGAUUUCUUAUUAGUUUCCGAGCGCUGUCGACAGAAGAAAGAAGACGGCCUGAUAUCGCAUCUCAGUGUGGAAAGAGCUGAGUCUAAUUCAGGGGCGGAAACACGUCAGGGCCAAAAAAAGGAAGUGGGAGGUGAAACCGAGACCGCAACACUGCCGGAUGCCGCAGUGGAACUAGAACCAAAAGAAAAUAUUUUACAGAGUGACAAGACAGAAGGGAGGGGCUGUGGAGCUUGUGGUGCAUUGAGUGAAGGGAACGUACUGUUUGUGUAAUUGUUUAUCAUAUUUCCAUUGACCACUCUCACCCCGACUGGAAACACUGAGCUGCUUUCUGUCCUUAAUUGAUCUGAAAUAAAACCCUGCUCUGUCUGAA